UACACGCUACUAACACUACAACCUAACCACAAGAGUUGUUCUUUUUCAAAACACAUGAGCUCUGUGAUAUAAAAGAACUGACAAAUCAAGUUCCUAACAUGCAAUUAAGUCCAAUUUAGUUAACUGAACGUCUAUUGUUUCACGUCACUAAAACUAACAAAAUAGAUAAACGAGCACCUGCUACAAGGGAAAUAAUUUAGACAUUUUUCGAAUAUCUCCUGUAGAUUGAUAAUGAAUUUCAGAGAUAGAACCCAAGACAACAGUAGAGCAGGGUUUGAAAAAAGAGAAAAGAGACGACAGAUCAGAAAACUUCAAGAUGCCAUCACUGCAAAGGACGUUUCAACUGUGAAAGAAAUUUUAGAAGAUGAUUUUGAUGUUGACUUUCAGUAUCGUGGACAAACAGCGCUACAGCAAGCAGUCAAGGAAGGUCAAGAAGAAAUCUGUAAACUGUUAAUUGAUAAAGGAGCUGAUAUCGGUGCAUGUGAUGCAGAACUAAACAGCUUACUCCAUAUAGCAUGUAAAUCAGGCUAUGAGGACAUCUCUAAAUUACUGAUAAACAACAAUGCUGAUAUCAAUGCCUUGAAUGACUCUAAUACAACACCUAUCAGUGUCUGCGCAUUCAGGGGAGAUAAAUCUAUAGCCGAUCUUCUUAUCAGAGAAAACUGUGAUCUUAAUUUGAAAAACUUGAAAGGCGAAACACCCUUGGUAGUAGCAACACUACAGAGACAUGCUGAAAUGGUGGAAUUCUUGAUACAAUCUAACUGUCAAAUAGACUUAGGAGAUGAGAAGAAUAGUAACUCAAUGAUUUACGCCGCAAAACUUGGAUUUACAGAAAUACUUCAGAUUCUAAUUAAACAUGGUGCAGAAUUAAAUCAUAAAGACCGACAUGGCUGCACUCCAUUAUACCAUGCAGUAAAGGAACACCAGAUAGACAUCAUUAAGGAAAUUAUAAAGUACCAUUCCACAGCUGUGUCUGAUAAGAAGAUCCAGCUAGAUACCCCAUCCACAAAGGGAAUAACACCACUUUUAGUCGCAAUCACCAACAACUACCCUGAUAUUGCCAAUAUGUUAUUAGAUGCUGGUUGCGAUGUCGAUAAGAGAGAUAGGCUACAGAAUUCUCCAAUACAUGUAGCAGUCAGACAAGUUUCAUUAGUAUUUGGACAAGAAGAAGAGGCCAUGUCUGUAGUGAAGAAAAUUGUGCUGUUAGGCUGUGACAUUAAUGUUGGAGAUAUAGAAGGAAAAACUCCACUUAUACUAAGUGCUUUUGCUGGGAAUAAAGAACUGACAGAGUUAUUCCUUCAAAAGAAUGCAGAUGUUACAAAGUGCACAACAACAGGUGACACUGCUUUACAUGCAGCCUGUAGCUCAAUCAAAAGUCAUCCACAAAUUGUGGAAAUGCUGAUUAAAGCAGGUUGCAGUAUAAAUAAUCCAAACAACAAUGGAGAAAUUCCACUAUUUUCAGCACUCUUUAACAGAGCAGAUAUGAAGAUCAUAAAAGGACUUGUAAAGAAUGGCAGUGAAUUGAAUUACAGAGAGAAAACUAACCAGUUUACACCACUACAUGAAGCUAUUAUCCAAAAGCUUACAGAAGCAGCUAUAUUCUUGAUAGAUUCUGGUUGUGAUAUCAACAAACCGAACAAUCAACUGCAGCAGCCUCUGUAUACAGCCUGUGAGAAGGGAAACGAGAAAAUUGUUCAAUAUUUAUUGAGUACAGGCAAAUGUCAGAUUAAUGGUCUCGUUCCCACAGCAAUACCAUUACACGUAGCUAUGCUAAGUAAUCAUGGGAGAAUUGUGGAGAUUCUUGCCAAAGCUGGAUGUAAUCUAAAUAGGCUCAACCAUAAAUGCUUGUCACCAAUUAUGUUUGCUGCAGAACAGAAUGAGUUGGCUAUUGCAAAGAUACUACUGAAAUAUGGGUGUGACCUUAACGCUCAAGCAAAGGUCAAAGGAAUGAUGAAAUGUUGUCUCAUGUAUCCAGUAGAUAAACACCCCCAUUUUGAACUUGAACCAUUAUUUUUUGCUGUCACACAUAAGAACCGAGAUAUGAUAGAUUUAUUUCUCCAUUGCUAUAAUGACAAUCCACCACACUGGGUGAUGCAGCUUCUGAUUAAAUUCCUGAAAGAAAUUUCACAGUUGAAUGCACAAAUGACACCAGAUCAAAAGAAAGAAUUGAUCAUCUUGUUUUUAAAGGCAUGUAAAUUACCCAGAAGUCUACAGCAGAUCUGUAGAGGAACGAUACGAGAGAAUCUAGGUACACUUCCUCAGGAAAAAGUGAAAAAACUGCCACUUGCAGAAAAAUUAAAGGAUUAUAUUUUAAUGAAGGAGAUAUUUAUAGAGGAAGAAACAAAAGAAGAAGAACUCUCCAAUGAAGAAAGAGAUUUGGGACGAUUUAAUUAAGAUGUGAGACAAUUACCUACCAGUAUUAGGUAUUUGUGCAAUUGAAUUUAAGUUAAUAUUUAUUAUUGAGUUUUUGGUAAAAUUAAAAAAUGCUUCAAAAGCUUUGACAUUAGAACAAAGGAUAAGAAAGUUAAUUCAAAUGUAUGGUUAAGGCCAACAUUGUCCUGUGAACAAGUAACAGUAACUGGCUGAUUUUCAUGCAAAGUUAAACUUUUGACUUUAAACAGUUAAUGUUAACUCUUCUACAGUCCUGAAUUAUCUUCUUAUUAGUCAUGAAUACAAAAAAACCCAUUCAUUUUGUAUAAGGUCACAGCUAUUGUAUGUUUGGAAUGUAUAUGGACUCUUCUAUGGACAAAACAUAUAGAUUCUAAAUACAUAACAGUUAAAACAUAACAGAUAAAACAAUAGAUUUAAAUUGCAUUUUGAAGUCAUCAUACAUUGCACCAGGUCCCUCAUCAAACCUCAGUAUCAUAAUAAUGGCAUAAUUUAGCUACCGGUAUCUAGUCCUUUAUGUGUUCAACAUAUCACCAACUAAAGUGCAAUUUUAUCUUCAGUGUGCAUUAUAAACAGCAUGUAAAGUGCAUAUAAAACUUAGUAAAACCUUUUAUCCAUGACACAAGUAUAUCCUGUUUAAUAUUAAAAUGAUUGUGUUUUAGAAAUAGGGGUAUUGCACUUAUAUUUAAGACUAUUCUAAUAAACAUUAUAUUGACUACAUUUUAGGACUUUAGCUGAUGUUUGAAAACACAGCCAAAUACAAGCAUGUGGUCAAUUGGUCUCAUAUGAGAUUCUCCAAGCCAAUCAUUUGUAAGCCAGAGAUGAACAGAUCAAAAUGGUCUUAUGGUUUUAAAUCUGUUUCAAUAAAACUGUCAACAAAAAUUAAUUGGGAAAUCAUUUUUACAGUUGAUUGUUACUUUAUUUUUUAUAUAAACCAUUUAUAGAAAAGAAAAGAGUAUACACAAUAUAUAAUGUUGCACAGUGAUGUUGCUGACAGUCUUACUUGUUUUCUUUUCUUCCUGAAAUCAUUUUUAUACCCCCGCUUUAAAAAAAGGGGGG